CACCUGCCGCUCUUCCUUCGCCAAUGGAGGGAGUAGGGUCCCCCCCAAAAAAACCUUAGAUCCAGCAGGCAGAUGUAAUGGGUGACAAGAAAGGGGAAAAAAUGAGUGGAGAAAAAGAAAAAGAAAGGACAUGGGAUACAGAGAUGAAGUGGAAGUGUAGGUGUAGGUAAAAAAGGUAAAGGUAAAGAAUCCUUGGACAGUUAAGUCCAGUCAAAGGCGACUACGGGGUUGCGGCACUCUCUCGCUUUCAGGCCAAGGGAGCCAGCGGUUAUCCACAGACAGCUUUCUGGGCCAUGUGGCCAGCAUGACUAAACGGCUUCUAGUGCAGCAGGACACCGUGAUGGAAGCCAGAGCUCAUGAAUGCCAUUUACCUUCCCACCACAGUGGUACCUAAUUUCUCUACUCGUGCUGGUAUCCUUUCAAACUGCAGAAGCCGGGACAGAGCAACAGGAGCUCAUUCCAUUGUGUGGAUUCGAACUGCCGUCCUUCCGAUCAGCAGGUGUAGGGGAACGCUUCGAGUCAGGGUGUAGAAAGAGAAGAGGUACCUUCUUAAAACAGAAGGAUUUGACCAAGGGAGAAAGUGUCCCUGCUCAUGAGCAGACAGCCUUUCCUUCAUGACCCCUUCCUUGUCUGGGUGUACUCAAGAAGCUAAUGUCAUGUGCCUUUACCUCAGCCAGAGUCUUGAUGUUGCUCUGUUGGUUCAUUGAACAGGAAGAUGGUAGGCAGAGACUUGACUCGGGUUAGUGAGGCACAGGUGCUGAUCUGGGUUAUGUGACUUUUCUGGUAAGUUUAUUACCGUGCAUAUGUGUGCUCAAAACAAUGCACCUUGCAAAGGGCACAGCACCUCCUUAUGUCUUUUGUUAGAAGGAUGGCUUUCUAUGUGGUAGCACCUGAUUCAGGGCUGGAAUGAGUGAAAGGCAAGGCUGUGGGCAAAGUGCUUGUCAUGUAGGCAUUCCACAGGCACUCCUGUCACAAUUACCGGUAAAUUCAUUGGCCAUUGGUGCUACUGACACUAAUGCUUUAAGGAAACUGGCCAGCACAGAUGUCAAGUGGAUUUAAAAAUCACAAGUUGCAUGCGGAACACUUGCACAUGUGUUCACUUUACUCAUGUCCAUUUGGACUGUCAUGUUUUGGAACUUCACAUUCAUAGCACAUGCAUAUACACAUGACACAAACAGCCGCUGCCACAUAUGAGGACUGCUCAUGUUAUGACAACAGCAAAAACAGCUUGGUAGGCCUGUAAAAGUCUGCUAAAGUAGCAGCAUUACUUGUUUAGAAGAAGAUGGAAGGCUGUGCUUUGCAGCACCCUGGCUCAUGUUCCUUGGUACUCUGAGAGGGAUGUGAGAUAACAUCCUAUCAAAAUAUGCCCAACCUCCUAGUUGUCCACUGUAAUGGAGUCUCAAGCAGCCUGAGUUGAAUCUGAUACAUUUGUUCUGCAGACCUCUUCAUUGCCUAGCUAGCCACUCAGCCUUCUCUUGGAGCAAUAACUAAAGGAAGAGGAGGAGGAAGUGGCGGCGGCAGCAGCAGCAGCAGCAGCAGCAGCUAGAUCCUGCCUUGGAGGCAACUCAUCUCCCUCAACUGAAGACUGUUGGGGGAGUAAAGGAGGCAGUAGUCAGAUCCUGCAACAGUAGCAUACCUGGGAGGAGAGCACCUGCUUCUUGCCUUCGGCAAUUCAAAUGUCAAUGACCAGGCUUGGUUUUUUAGCCAAUACUGGUAGAAAUUUUAUAGUCCAUUAGGAUUCAUCUAUUUGACAACUUAUUUUAGUGACCAUUAUGUCUGAUUACUGUGUCAUUUUGGAUUCUUUGGAGCAUAUCUGCACUCAAAAUUUGAAACAGGUUCUGGCAGAUGUAACAAAUAGUUUCAAGCAAAUUAACAAUAUGAAAUGCUGCCAGGCAACAGUUUAGGAAGGGCCAAAAGUGACUGGUCUUUCAGAAGAACUGAUGGAAUGGCCACACUUCCCUUCUCUCCAAAGCACAUACUGUACAUAGGCUUUGCAUUCAGGCAAAUGAAAAGGAUGGCAGUAGAGGGAUGGAGUGACUUGUCCCAUCUAGCAUAGAACCAGGUGGACUGCCAGAGAAGGGAUGCCCUUUCCUCCUGGCCCAGCUUAAAAAUGCAGUGGGUUGCUACAGGAGGGAUGGAAAUUUCUGUACUUCCUUUGCAGGCCCUCUGUUGGUAGGCUUGUUUACAAGAAUGGGUUAGAUUAUCUAGAGGAAAGAUCAGAAAUUGCAAAAACUGGUCUUUUAUUAAUUGCAAAAACAGUCUUAACCACCAUGUCCUAUAUUGUUUGUCUCGCAGAAAAAAGUGUGCCAUGAUGUCUGACUUCCUGAAUAUUUGCUCUGUAAUUGUGUCUAGGGAAACAUUCUUCAUUUGUGUUGCAUGAAGAUUCUGUUUUCCAACCAUGAAGGCAGCAUGUUAUUACAAUGGAAAAUUGCUUCCUAAGAGGCAUUGGUGCAUGGUUGCAAACCACAGAUUCUUGACAUUUUGAAGAAUUUGAAAACUGUUUGGAAACCAGAUCUGACACACUGGAAAUUGUUAUUGCUAUUAAUAAAUUUGAAACUAUUCCAGUAGCUGUAACUAAUACAACUUAAAGGUCUCUUUGAAUUUUCCCGUUGUGUAAUUAUUUUAUAAUUCAUUCCUGAUAAUGGCUCUUUAUGUUUCUAUUGUGACUAGAUCCGCAAAGAACAAUUUAAUUCUUUUACUGCUUGUGCUAAACAGAUGAAGGACCACAGCAACAAAAGAUACUGUACUGUAGUAGUUUGUGGAUAUUUUGUUCAGAAAAGACUGCCUUCUGGUGUCUGAUCUGGGAAUUGCUCUUUUAAUUACAGCUUAAAUAUGCAUUAUUUUUAUUAUCUUAAUCUGAUACAUUUCAGCUAAAUUGAUGGUUAAUUACUCAUGCAAAAUAAAUGGAAGGAGAAAUAAAAUGGAGUCAAAAAUGCUGAUUAUUUUGAUUUGUAUUCCAAGGAGUUCAGAAUUAGGGCAUCUAUGAUGCUUUCUCACUUUAUCCCCACAAGCUUGUGGGAUGGGGAUGAGUUUUAUACUGAGUAGGGAUUUGAACCUAGCUGCCCUGGUCCAAGUCCUAACUGUCCCCUAUUCUACAUAGGCUUCUGAAAAGGAAAAAUGCAAUUAUACAAUUCUUUCAAAGUUGGUUUUUUGAAUAUAUUUUGCACAGAUUUUGUUCCCACUAGCCCAGAUAGCUAAAUAUGUCUUGUUUCAUUUUCUGUACAGUGUUCAGGCUAGAUAUUCCUGCAGCCUCAUCCCAUUGCAUGUUUAUACUGAAGUUAAGUUCAACUUACUCUUCUGUAAGUGUCUGUAGGUUUGCAGCCCUACUGUAUAACUGGACCAAGAGUGGCUAACUUGGGGCCUUCCAGAGCUGCUGGUAUAUGAACUGCCGUCAGUCCCAGCCAGUGUGACUGGUGGUCAGGGGUGAUGAGAGUACAGCAACAUAUGGAGGGCCAAAGUGAAAAAUGACCACUGCUAACAAGACACCACCCGGUGCAGAUCCAAAGCAACUGGAAAGGACUGGAACUGUUCGAGAAAUUGGAUCACAAGCUGUUUGGUCACUUUCCUCUUGUAAACCAGGAUUUGGUGUGGAUCAGUUACGAGAUGAUAAUCUAGAAACAUACUGGCAGUCUGACGGAUCACAGCCUCAUUUGGUGAACAUCCAAUUCAGGAGGAAAACAACAGUGAAAACGCUGUGUAUUUAUGCAGAUUAUAAAUCAGAUGAAAGCUACACUCCAAGUAAGAUCUCUGUCAGGGUAGGAAAUAACUUCCACAAUCUUCAGGAAAUCCGGCAACUUGAAUUAGUGGAACCCAGUGGUUGGAUUCAUGUAGCCUUAACAGAUACUCAUAAGAAACCUAUCCGCACUUUUAUGAUUCAGAUUGCUGUUUUAGCCAAUCACCAAAAUGGAAGAGACACUCAUAUGCGGCAAAUCAAGGUGUAUACACCAGUGGAAGAAAGUUCUAUUGGUAAAUUUCCUAGGUGUACAACAAUUGAUUUCAUGAUGUAUCGUUCAAUCAGGUAAACAAAGCUCAGUUUUGUACUAUAACAUUGUAUUUUUGUUUAAUUUUCAAAUAAAGACAUAAAAUCUU